AUGCGUGACCGUUGCAUUUUAGGCGCUAAUAUAUUUCGAAAUGAAGCACAAACGGUACAAACAGAGCCGUUGGAUUUAUCGGUGCGGAAAGUGAGUGAGGAACGAAUACAAUUACAGGAUUUAUCAACUAAUGAAAGGAAUAAAGGACGGGUGGAAAAUUCCCCUCAAUCAUCGCAUUCGAGUGCUCAUAAGAAGUCUCAUACUGGUGGAAAGCCACACAGUUGUACGACAUGCGGGAAAAAUUUCUCUGAGUCAUGGAAUCUAAGCAGACAUAACAGAACUCACACCGGUGAAAAGCCGUACAGUUGUAUGAUAUGCAAUCGGCAUUUCUCUGACUCAUCGUAUUUGAUAAGACAUGAGAGGAUUCAUACUGGUGAAAAGCCACACAGUUGUACAAUAUGCGGGAAAAGUUUCUCUCACUCGUCGGAUCUGAGGAAACAUAACAGAACUCAUACCGGUGAAAAGCCGUACAGUUGUACGAUAUGCAGGAAAAAUUUUGCUAAAUCAUCCGAUUUGAGCAGACAUAACAAAAUUCAUAGCGGUGAAAAGCUGCACAGUUGUCCGAUAUGCGGGAAAUCUUUCGACCGAAGCGAUAGUUUGAAAAGGCACUUGCAAACACAUAACAUUAAGAAGCUCCUUUUCAAUUGA